AAGGAAAACUAGCACUUACUUGUCAACAAUAAUGCAAAAAUUAGCCGUUUAAUCCGUUUUAAUAAUAUGGGGUAGAGUUUGGUAGGUAAAGAGAAAAAAUGACUGAGCAACAACUGCAUCAUAGUCUGUCUCAAAGAAUAACACCUUAUCACGUGGCCUUGUUGUCAACGCUUACCUAAUAAAGAUAAUCAGCCUAACCUCACUCCCUAAAUCUCAUUCUUACCAUUUUACUGCUUACAAUUCAGUAUAAUGGCCUCAACCUCCUUAUUUAAACCCCAACUUUCUCCUUUGAAUUUCUCAGCUUAAACUUUCUUUUUCUGUUUCUGGGGUUUUGUUCAACUUCUUUUCUCUUUAGAGCUCUCUCAUUGCCCACUGGGGUAAUAUAUUACAGAGGGCUUUGUUCAGAAUUUGUUAGUGUUAAGAAAAGGGAAAAUGGCAACGAUAUCUUCCAAGGCUUUUAUGGGUGUUAUGGCUAUCUUGGCUCUAGUUUUUGCCUUUGUGUCACCCUAUGUUCAGGCUCAGUCUGCGGCUCCAGCUCCUCCUCCUACUAGUGAUGGAACUUCAAUUGACCAAGGGAUUGCUUACGUGCUGAUGCUUGUGGCACUGGUGCUCACAUACCUCAUUCACCCUCUAGACGCAUCUUCCUACAGCUUCUUUUAAGUUGUUCUUAGGACUUGGGAGAGUCAAUUAGGUCUGAGUUGCUAUAGAACUUGCUAUGUGGAUAACUCUAUGAAGUUUUUUUUUUUUGGAUGAUGGAUGAUGGUGGUUAAUGGUUUGCAUUUGUUUUGAGAGAUUGACUGGUUAAAUAUUGUUUCCUGGUAGCUGCCUUAUUUAUUGCUAUUGUUUCGUCUCUUCAAUUUCUUGAUAGCUUUGCUUCCGAUGUUACUUCGAAUCCUCCUUUUUUUUUACCUGUUAAUCUCUUUAGUUUCUUUUUAAAUGGUCUUCUGUUCAGGUGAAAAAUGACUACAAACAACAGUGAAUUACCAAAUGAAGAGUACUUUUUUCAUUCAAGAGGAAGAGAAACGCAAAAAAUGGGCAAGUUUAGGCACAGGUUGCGCAUACUGAUUAAAAAAAUUGAACCAUCAAAACAGACUUUUAUUGCAAAAGAUUGCGAAUAUUCCCUUACAAAAAAAAAAAAAAAACCUUUCUGUAUUUCUGUUGCAAC